AUGAAAUUAUUAAGAAAGGAAUCCUUUAUUUUAAAGGUAAGAAAAGUAUCUUCGCCUCAAAAAGACACGUGAGAUUAUCGGCAUUCUUGAAAGCCUCCACUCUCAAAGGUUGGAACUAAGAUAAUCUCCAUCUUUUUGUCACCAAAGUGCUUACUGCUUCUCCUAGUUUUUCUCUCCCAAGUUAGAGGAUGAUCAGAUUCAGAUCUUGAUCUUCCUAUCUCAAAAUAAGAUAGGGAGCUCUUUCACCACUAGUAAUAUAAUUUUGGGAGUGCUGUCUUACUCAAGUCAGGAUUCGAUAUACUUUAUUUCUGAAUUCACUAACAACGCCACAAAUGAUAAGUACAUUGGUAUUUUAAAAACAGACAGUGACUUCAAUAGUACUAUAAUGAAGUCGAUCAAAGAGAAUCCGACAGACUUGGAUUACUCCAUGAGUGAUGAUGGGAACUACAUCUACUUCUUUGUUGGCCUCAACGGAUUUUUCAUUGAAAUCAACUCUUCAGAUCUUUCAAUUAACAAGUACUUCGAUGUUGACUCAGUAAAUUUCUCAAACCUUGCUUUUCCAAAGACUCUUGGAGAUGCUGGCUUUACUUCAUCCUCCAAUAUCAUCUUCUUCAAUGCAAGAUAUGGAGCUGGAGCAAUUUGGAGUGUUUGAAAAUGGUCGAGACUCGCGGCCCAAGCUCAGUGCUUUGAUUAUGGAAGUAAUCAAAAACUCAUUUUCACUCCAAUAGAUGCUAAUAAUGUGUUCAUUAGUCUCCAGAUGUUUGGGAACACAAAUCUUUACUUUGUCAAAGCAGACUACUCUAAUCCUAGCUCUCUCAGUUGGCAGAAAUAUGUCCAGUGCUCUCCUUCUUGAAGCUCAGGAAUCAAUCGAGCUAUUCUCAGCCAAGAUCAAACAUCGAUAUAUUCUGUGCAUUUCUUCGGAGAUAAUAUUUUAUUCUACUCGAUUAAUGCUACAAAUGGAGAUCCAUUGAGUUCUGGGCUGAUUAUGAGUACUACGAAUGGAGAACUAAGAGAUAUCGAAGAAAUAGGACAGUACAUCUCAAUAGUUUAUGUAGACUACACAGUGUCUAAAAUUUUCAUAGCUUUCAUUGAUAAGUUAUCUUCUAGUAUCACAAAAGAACUAGAACUUACAGGAGCUUCUGUUGUGGCAUCUAAAUAUAAAGUUAUCAAUGGAGUUGAAUACAUUUUCAUGGGUGGUACUAUUGGGAAUGUCUACAGACUUCUUAAAACAAAAUAUAGUAACAUUGAAAAAUACACGUUUACAAAACUUGUAAGCACAAAAUUUUCCUCAAAAACAUCUUUUCUACUUGAAGAUCCUCCUUCGGCUUUACCAGCACUGAAUCUUACCAACAAGAAUGUAGCUGAAAACUUAACUGCUUCUCUGCAAUUCUCUUCUGAGACUAUAACCGAAUAUGAUAUUGAAUAUUAUGGGGUUAUCGACAAGGAAGACUUCAAUAAAGCAUAUCUCCCUGAUAUCAAGAUUGAAGAGUAUCUCAAUCUUACAUGAAAGUAUUCUUACGACUCGUUCCAGACAACUUAUGACUUAGUUGAACUUGAAGGUGAGCAGAUCCCAUCCUGGAUGACCUUCAAUGAAACUGAAGAAUCGAUCCUUCUUAAUAGGACUCCUAAUGCUGAAAAAGAAACUCUGUUUAAAUUUGGGAUUGAUAUUGUUCAUGCUUCUCAGAGCUCAUCCAAGAAGGUCUACCUGACCAUAAUGCCUUGAACUAUUUCAAAUUGUCAGAGUUGACAGAAUGAUGAUCCUCAAGUAUGCACCAGUUGUUCUUUUGGGUACUCCUGGUCAUCAGAUCACAACAAAUGUGAGAAAGCAGACGCCACUACUUCUCGGACUGUCGCACAAGUGGUUGCUGGAGCUUCAAUGGGAUUGGCGCUCACUUCAGCCUUAUUAACAACGAGUUCUCCAGUAGGAAUUUUCAGCACUGCAAAUCAAUUCCAGCUUUACCUUUUGCUUCCAAUGUUACCUCCUUAUUUUCCAUCAAAAGUAGGCCAAUUCAUAUUAGGGCUUGAUUUUUCAUUUGUUUCGCUAGAUUUUAUUCCAACUGACAAAAUACCUCUGUUCAAAGAGCUUAAAAGAUUAUUUUCAUACUCUCAAGAGAAUGCUUACUUGGGAGAAGUAGGAAUGAGUUCUGGCAGCUGCAUUAUCAAUUACCUUCCGAUGUUCUUCAUAACUCUGAUACUUGGAAUAUUUCAUGCUACGGUUGGAAUGAUCUUUUGUAAAGUAAGAGACAAGCCUGAAAGUUCUAAGUGACGAAAAGCUGCUACCAAACUCUUCACAUUUAUGACUUUCAAUAUGUAUAUCCGAUUCAUUCUGGAAGGAUUUCUGUUCCUGAUGUUAUCUAUUGGGGCAGAGUUCAAGGCCUUCAACACAAAUCUGACAAUCCCAUUAUUGUCGUUAAUAAUGGCGGGGUUCUUUAGCUUUGGGGUUAUAGUGUUCCUGGCUCUACUUAGUUGCUGGUUCUUAGCAGAGCGGUCACAAAAAACAUCAGAACUUCACAAUCACUGGAGCAUUUCUGAGUUUCAGUCAGGAUUGAAGAAAUCCCGAUCAGCAAAAUUUAAUUCGUGAAUGUUCGUAUUAAUCAGGCUCUUGUCAGUAAUGACUCUACUUUCGUUAAGUAAACAAGAUGAACCCAUGAACAGAGAUGUUAAAGGAAACUCUCUAGUAUUAUUCUACAUUGAAGGGAUAUUAUUCCUGAUAACUCAUUGAAUUUCUUGAGGAUAUACAUUAUGGGUGAGACCUUACGAAAUAACUCAGAAUAAUAUCAUCGAAGCAGUUAACCAGAUUUGUUAUAUAUGAGCUAUAAUUCCUUUGAUGGUAUUAAAAAGGGAGUCUGAUUGGUCAUCAGCUAAAGAAGACGUCUACAUCUUUUUAUUACUUUUCCCUAAUCUUUUCUCUUUCUGUGUAAAUUUGGCAUAUCUUUUUGCAAAUAUCUUCAAAAAGAGAGCACAAGUAGAACCUCGUGUUAGGACAAAUAUGCAAUACUCUAACAACUCUAACUGCCAAGGAAGAAAUAUGAGCAAGAUCGGCUUGAACAGAUCAAAUCAGUAAGUUCAGCAAGAAUUUACUGAGGUUUAUAAGAAAUUG